AUGGCCUCCGCCCAGCAACUCAUCGAGCUCGCCAAGAACCGCCGGUCGUACUACCCGCUCUCCAAGGACCUCGCCAUCCAGCCUGAGAAGAUCCAGGAGAUCGUCAAGGCCCUGCUGCAGGAGGUGCCCUCCUCCUUCAACUCCCAGUCCAACCGCGUCAUCGUCCUGUUCGGCGCCGAGCACGAGAAGCUGUGGGAUAUCACCACUGAGGUCCUCAAGCCCAUCGUCCCGGCCGACGCGUGGGAGGGCACCGCCGGCAAGAUGGGCCUGUUCAAGGGCGCCGCCGGAUCUGUCCUCUUCUUCGAAGACCAGGACGUCGUCAACGGCAUGCAGGAGAAGUUCGCCCUGUACGCGGACCGGUUCCCCACGUGGGCGGCGCACUCGGACGCCAUGCUGCAGUUCGCCGUGUGGACCGCCCUCGAGGCCGAGGGGCUCGGCGCCAACCUGCAGCACUACAACCCCCUGAUCGACAACCGCGUCGCCGCCGAGUGGAAGGUCCCCGCCAGCUGGAAGCUGCAGGCCCAGCUCGUCUUCGGCGGCAAGACGGGCGCCGCCGGCGAGAAGACGUACGCGCCCAUCGAGUCCAAGUUCAAGACCUUUGGCGCUUAG